AUGGGGUACGUAAGGAAGUCUUCUGAACCAAAUACCAAGGUUUUACUCUAUGGCCGUCUCUCCGGACGGUAUCCUCGAGCAGUACUUGAGAAAAACCUUAAAAAAAAAGCCAAGUUUGAAAUUGUCAAGAAAUUUGAGGAUAGACCGAACUAUUUUGUUUGUACAGAAACUGCCUUCAAAAAUAUGGACAAAUAUAAGGAAGGGAACAAGGUUUCCCAGGCAGUGGCGAAUAUGACAACCAUAUGCAAACCUGGCUGGUUAUAUGAUGCUCUAGAAGGAAACUUAGACCCCAAAGAGCACCAUAUCCAGUGGCCUCCAGAAAAGAGAGGAAACCCCCUGGAGAAGUUAAGGUGGAACAAACUACUACACGAGUGUUGGGUUCGUGCAGAGCAAGGAAUUAAUAGUUGGCAAUGCCGGGCUUUUAUUAUUCCCCUCCUCCUCGGGGUGUCCAAUGAGGCCAUGGCAGCCGAUUUUUCAGUCCACCUAUCUCAAUGCGAGAUGCCUAAUAAGAGUCAGAAAUAUCUUAGUACAGUUGAUCUGCAGAAACGAUUUUCUAAUGCCCUUCUUGCUAGCAGUAAAUCAUACCCUAGGCCUAUAAUAUUCUCAUCAGAUUCCAUCUGUAGAGACCUCGAUCUCCCUUCUGUCGCUGAGAUUAAAAAUAAAGACGGCAUGGACUUGAAUGGGCUUGAAAUAUUUGCUCUCUUAAGAGAUCAUAACGACAUUCAGAAAAAUAUCCACAGUAAUUUCGAUUCUAUGAUAUUGUUCAUAUUCAUAUCCCAGGUUUCACUUCAUGACAAAGCUGAAGAGGCGCUGAACAGUCUGCUUAAAAAAUUUCAAGAUACAGAAAUGGAACAAGGGUUAUGGAUUCUCCAUCAACUCAUCCGCAAUAUGUCUAUGCGGAAAAUCGAUCGCUUGUUAAAAUGGCAAGAUAUUCCUACUGAAGAUACAGAAGGCUGGUGGAAAGUGAGGUAUAGAAAUGAGGAGGCUUUUGUAAUCUCCUUAUACAAUGAGAUGGAAGACCAGGAAGUUUGGACUGAGGUAAAAAUCAAGGAUUUUGAACGAUUUUCGAGACUUAAGUCUAAGGAGAAGAUAGACUGUUACAUUCAGGACCGCCGCAGUUGUACAGCGCUACUUCCCACGGGGUUACGAAUUCCCCUUUCCAAACACCAGGAGGAUGCGAAUGAUAAGCAAGAUGAUGAGCAGAGCUCCCUGGGAGAUGCCUCCGACGAAAAAAGAAAGGGCAAAGAUAAAUCUUAG